GCGGCUUAGGGUUUCAGUUGACUUCGAACUACCGAACGGAACGGUUCGCUUUUGGGCCGGAAAGAAAAGCUUGCCUCUGAGCCUUUGCAGUGAUCCUGAAUUACGUUUUACUUUGACCAUAUUGUAUUUUUUUGUCUUGUGUCGCGCAAAAGGUGUUUAGAAGAAAAAAAAACAAGCUACAAUGAGCUGUCCAAUGAGAAGUGGUUUUGUGGACUCGGUGCAGGGAGGACAUCAUCUAGGGUCGGAGGCUGGAAUGCUUUAUGGAGAGUACCUGAUGCUGGAUAAGGUACUGAGCGCCCAGCGCAUGCUGUCCGUCGAGGGCAAGAAGCCGGUGCACGACGAGCAUCUGUUUAUCGUGACGCAUCAAGCGUACGAGCUGUGGUUUAAGCAGAUCAUCUUUGAGCUCGAUUCGAUUCGCGAUCUGUUCAGCACGGAGCACAUCGAGGAGUCGCGCACGCUCGAGAUCCUGAAGCGUCUGAAUCGGAUCGUCAUGAUACUGAAGCUGCUCGUCGAUCAAGUGCCGAUCCUGGAAACGAUGACACCGCUCGACUUUAUGGACUUUCGCGACUACCUUUCGCCGGCCUCUGGAUUCCAGAGUCUCCAGUUCCGGCUGCUCGAGAACAAACUCGGCGUAAAGUCGGAACAUCGGGUCAAGUACAACCAGAAGUACACGGAGGUGUUUGCCAGCGAUCCGUGUGCGGUGGAGCGAAUUGUCACGACGGAAACGGAACCCUCGUUGGCUGAUUUGGUGCAGAAGUGGCUCGAGCGUACGCCGGGGCUCGAGGAGGAUGGGUUCAACUUCUGGGGCAAGUUUCAGGAGAGUGUCGAACAGUUGCUCAGCGAGCAGGAAGCAAGUGCUAUGACGGAAGAGUUCGAGCAUGUGCGUGAGUACCGAUUGAUGGACAUUGGCAAGCGUCGGGAGGUGUACAAGUCGAUCUUUGACGCGCAGGUGCACGACGCGUUGGUGGCCCGCGGAGAGCGUCGCUUUACCCAUAAAGCACUGCAGGGUGCCAUCAUGAUCACGUUCUACCGUGAUGAGCCACGGUUCAGCCAGCCGCAUCAGCUGCUCAUGCUGCUGAUGGACAUCGAUUCACUGAUCACCAAGUGGCGAUAUAACCAUGUGAUUAUGGUGCAACGUAUGAUUGGCUCGCAACAACUCGGAACUGGUGGUUCCUCCGGAUAUCAGUAUCUACGCUCGACCUUGAGUGAUCGAUACAAGGUGUUCCUCGAUCUGUUCAACCUAUCCACGUUCCUGAUACCUCGUCAAUCGAUACCACCACUAACGAACGAAAUGCAGAAGGCUCUCAAUAUGGCCUGGGGCUCUCCAGCACACGUUUUGGCCCGCAACGGUUCGCUGCACUAAUCAUCGCCGCCGUUUGGACAAGAAUCAAGAUAAUGCGCGACGCUUUAGGCAAACGGGUGCAGUCACAGCAAUAAAACAAACCGCUCUCCAUCCCACACCGGCAUCCCCCAUCUUCAGUCUCCGUGGGGCAAUCUCGUUACGAUGGGUGGGUAAAUUGCACCUGAAGUUUAUAUUUUGUUGGAAAUCCUACUAAUUUAGUGAGCUAAUCGGGUGGUGGAUGAGAGGAUGUUUUCCUCCCCCCUCCCGUUUUCGCACAGAUAAGAUAAUAUCAAGGGCAAAGAGAUGUCAGCAGCAGCAUAUGAGAUUUGCAUUAUGAAACUCAAAUAUACACUUCACUUUCCCUACCGUACCCCGUUCAAGCUCGAGGCAUUUUGUUGGUCCAGAACCAAUUAUAGCUAAUAAAAGUAAUGAUAAGCACAACCAAAAUAUUGUUGAAGGGGGUGAGGGUUUAAUCCGAACAAAAUAGCUGAGCAAGUAACCCUGCCCGAAGAGAAUGGAUCACAGCAACCACAGACACUAACACGAGUACAGCGCUUGUACUGAACUGUCAAAGAAAGAAUUUAAAGCGCAAAAAGUGUAUCAAUAAAGCCUGGAAUAGUAUAGUAA